AUGCCACCUGCUCAAUCACGACCGCACACUGUGGGUGUCGCCUCCUUCGACCCAGAUGCAUUCUUUGAUGCCUGGAGCAGCAAUGCCUCCCUACCACAGAACAAUGACUUCCGAACCAGUAUCGUCAACGCAUUCAACCUUAAGUCCGACGACGACUAUGUCUACCACGCAACGGCCGCCGUGACGCUCGCGCAGGUGCAGACAGCCAUCAACUAUGGCGGCCAACGCGAGUUACACGCCUGGUACCGCGACGAAGAAGGCAGGCCCAUCGCAUCUCCACCCCCGGCCGACAUAACAGCCUACACCAGCAUCUUCUCUCCACACACCUCCACGCCCAAAGCCCUAACUGCCCUCCGCGCGAACGCGAAAAGGGACUCCCUCCGUGCCCGCAUUGCCGUGCACCUAAGCGACACCUUCUACCUCCCCGCCACGCCCCUUCCCAGCACCAGCACGACCCUAACUCUCCCCCCGAAGCUCAAGCCCACAGACACCAAGGUCAAGAACCCUUACUAUGAUACAUGGGCCUGGACAUGCCAGACCCUCGAAUGGGCAGGCCCGGAACCAGGCACAGAGAAGAUCCACCAGAGCCACCACAUCCUUCCCGUGCUGUACCAUCACUUCGGCUGCGUGUGCCCGAGCCACGAUGCCCUGGCGCUAAUCGCACAGCUCACGACGUGCGCGCUGCCGACUGCCGCGGCGGUGCCCAAGGGCUCGCCAGGGAGGGAGGUCAUCGAGAUCGGCAGCGGGGGCGGGUACUGGACCUACAUGCUGCGGCGACUGGGGAUCACAGUGCAGGCAGUCGACAACGCGGCGAGUCGGUGGCGGACCACCUGGAUAGGAGACACCAUCAUCGCGGAUGGCGUGGGGUAUCUGCGCCGCCACGACGGCGGGAAAGGCGCGAUCUUGCUGCUGGUGUAUCCGCAGGUCUCGGAGGAUUUUACGGGGAAGGUGCUCAGGGCGUUCGAGGGGGAUGUGGUCGUGGUGGCGGGGACGCAAAAUCGGAACCGCUUUACGGGGUUUAGGGAGGAGGGGGUUGUGGAGUGGAUUGGGAGGGAGAAGGGGGAGUUCGAAAGGGUCGCGCAGGUGCCGCUGCCGAGUUUUGCGGGGAAGGAUGAGGCGUUGUUUGUGUUUGUCAGGGGGGUGGGGCAGGGCGGAGGCUGA